AUGAGAGAAGCGAGGAAGCAAGGAGUUGAACGGUCGCCCUUUGUUGAUCUUCAUAACAUACAGAUUCCCGCAAGUCCAAGCAAAGCAAGAACUCAAUCAACAAGUAGUAGUCCUGCAAAUGCAAGAUUCGAAUUUUUCAGAAAGGAAGGAGAAAAACUGGACCGAAAUGCGAAACUGGUGCAAUGCCCGCGCUGCAUGCUGCCCGCCCGGUGCGGCCAGGGGGGCAACUACGACAAUCUAGGCGAGUGUGUCAGUGUGUGUCACGCCAGACUGCUCCUUCACAUUCUGCACCAAUUGCCGCUCUGACUUCCA